AUGAAGCACUACGUUCUAUUACUUUGCAUUGUGGCAGUUCUUCGAGAUUCCGAAGCGCUACGUAAAGGAUCCACGGAUUAUGAAGAUAUGUCCUUCUGGCUGAAGUCCGGCCAAGAGACCCUGCACAGAAUCCUGUCGGAGCAGAAAAACGAGAAUCGUGCCAAAAACGUGAUCAUCUUCAUCGGGGAUGGUAUGGGUCUGUCCACCAUUACGUCCGGUCGAAUCUAUAUAGGUCAGCUCAAUGGCCAAAGCGGUGAAGAAUACCAACUCGCGUUCGAGAAAUUCUCCAACGCCGGCCUCGCCAAGACUUACAACGUAGACAAACAAGUACCGGAUUCGGCAGGGACGGCAACUGCUAUAUUUUCUGGCGUGAAAACCAAAUACAGGGUUAUUGGACUGGAUGCCAGAGCUGAAUAUGGCAAAUGUGAUAAGAAAAUCAACGCAUUAAGCAAAGUCACCACGGUAGCUGACUGGGCACAGCAAUCCGGCAUGGAUACUG